GCCGCCGCCGGGGGCAGCUCCGCGGAUUCCCCGACCCGCUGACGGGAAUACCCCGCGGCCCCCUCCUCGUGAGGGGAGCAGGGGUCUGGGGGCGGGGGGUACCGAGCGCCGCCACCGCUAACUCCCACCGCCGCCACCACCACCAUGUCCGGGCGCGGCCACAACAAGCUGCCGACCACCGAGCGCAUCGUCAAGGCUGUCCCCUUCCCUCCCACGCAGAGGCUGACUCUGAAGGAGGUGUUUGAGGAUGGGAAGCCAAGGCUGGAUGUCCUCAAGAGCCACUUGGUGAAGGAAGGGCGGCUGGAAGAGGACGCGGCGCUGAAGAUCAUCAACGACGGCGCUGCCAUCCUCAGGCACGAGAAGACCAUGAUCGAGGUGGAGGCUCCCAUCACAGUGUGUGGUGACAUUCAUGGGCAGUUUUUUGACCUGAUGAAGCUGUUUGAAGUGGGAGGCUCACCCAACAACACUCGCUACCUCUUCCUGGGAGACUACGUGGACAGAGGCUACUUCAGUAUAGAGUGUGUGCUGUACCUGUGGAGCUUAAAGAUCAACCACCCCAAAACCUUGUUCCUCCUCCGGGGCAACCACGAGUGCAGGCACCUCACAGAGUACUUCACCUUCAAGCAGGAGUGUCGAAUCAAGUACUCGGAGCGAGUGUACGACGCCUGCAUGGACACCUUCGACUGUCUUCCUCUUGCUGCCCUCCUAAACCAGCAGUUCCUGUGUGUGCAUGGAGGCCUCUCCCCAGAAAUCACAUGUCUAGAUGACAUUAGGAAAUUAGACAGGUUCAAGGAGCCUCCAGCCUUUGGUCCAAUGUGUGACCUCCUCUGGUCUGAUCCCUCAGAGGAUUAUGGCAAUGAGAAAACCUUGGAGCAUUUUGCCCACAACACUGUUCGAGGCUGCUCCUAUUUCUACAGUUACCCUGCAGUCUGUGAAUUUUUGCAGAACAACAGCUUGUUGUCUGUAAUCCGAGCACACGAGGCCCAGGACGCUGGGUACCGAAUGUACAGGAAGAGCCAGACCACAGGCUUCCCAUCACUCAUCACCAUCUUCUCUGCACCCAAUUACUUAGAUGUCUAUAACAACAAGGCUGCUGUACUGAAGUAUGAAAACAAUGUCAUGAACAUCAGGCAGUUCAACUGCUCCCCUCACCCCUACUGGCUCCCAAACUUCAUGGAUGUCUUCACAUGGUCUUUGCCUUUUGUAGGGGAAAAGGUCACAGAGAUGCUGGUGAACAUCCUCAACAUCUGCUCGGACGACGAGCUCAUUUCAGACGGGGAUGAGACCUUGGAAGGUGGGACAACAGUGCGGAAGGAGAUCAUCAGGAACAAGAUCAGAGCCAUUGGGAAGAUGGCAAGAGUCUUCUCAGUCCUGAGGGAGGAGAGUGAGAGUGUGCUGACUCUCAAAGGCCUGACUCCCACAGGUACCCUGCCCCUGGGAGUGCUCUCAGGGGGCAGACAGACCCUACAGACAGCCACAGUAGAAGCUGUAGAGGCACGGGAAGCCAUCCGAGGGUUCUCGCCCCAGCACAAGAUCCGCAGCUUCGAGGAGGCGCGGGGGCUGGACCGCAUCAACGAGCGGAUGCCGCCGCGCAAGGAUUCCCUGCACGGGGACGGGCCCCUGGGCUUGGUCAGCGCCACCACAAACUCUGCCGACAAGAAGCCGCAGUGACGGCCCCCUCCUCCCCCCCGCCCCCCCCCCAGCUGC